GUACGGGCUGGCAGUCGGCUGGUUGCCCGGCCGGCAGGCGAAGCAGAUCGAGAUCGGCGUGAGGCUGAGCUCUCUGCCCGAGAGAGGCGUGAACGCAGGGGGCGGAGGGGAGAAGAUGUCAUCAUUGCGGCACGCGAGCGUGGCUUGCGGGCCGUCGAGUUGCUCUUCGGAUUGGCUGCGGGGCCUCUGGCGGCAGUAUGCUACCCCUGGCUAAGGGAGACUGCCGCAGAGCUCAUCACCGGUGAGCAGAAGCUGUGCUUCGCCUACAUGGGCCUGUGCGGUUCUGUGCCGGAGGCAAUGCAGGUCUUCUUCAGGAACACCGUUGGCCUCCUGUUUAGUUUUUUGCUGGGCUACACCUCGUCAUUUCUGCUGGUGCGGCAGGAGAAGUUCUAUGAAGCAAUGUACGAAGAGUCUUCGGUGCUAACUCAGCUUCUCGAGGAGGCACCGUUGCUUUUGAAUCCUCCAGAGCUGCAGAGUUUCGUGAGGCUAAUGAAGCUGUACCUGGCUUCGAGCACUUGGCGGAAUGCGAGCUUCAUCCCCUCAGAGCUUGUGGCACGGGCUCUUCGCUCCGACAAGGAUCCUGUGGAGGAGAUGACCAGACUCCUUCUGACCAUACCCGGUGCAGGUGCGCAGCGCCUGCUUUCCUUCAUGACUAGCCUGCGAUCUGCCAGAUCUCGGAAGUAUUCUUCCAUGCAGCGCAUCAUCCCCACGACUCAAUUCGGUGUGCUCGUCCUGUUGGCCUUGUUGAUCACGCUUUCGCCUUUCCUAGACGGCAAGAGUGACAGCUCCGUGCUUGCUCAAUGUCUCUAUGGAGCGUUGGUCGAGGUUCUCAUAUUCGUCAUCGUCUACGUCGGCGGCGGGCCAGGCCUUGGCAUCUACACCACCGACAAGGAGCGCGCGACAAUCCUCGACGCCCUCAUGGAGCUGAUUGACAAAAUCGACGCCAGCGCGCGAGAAAGCACCGAAGCAGAUGAGUUGGACAUGGUCGAGAAGAGGUACGCACGAUACCAUGCGAUACCUCUGCAUGACCGCCAAGCUCAAGCGUGGUUCGCUUCACUGGAGGUGACAGUGGCAAUCAGAAAAGGAACAAUUUUCCGCUUAAGGCUGGCCAAAGGAGCAGCCUGGAGCUGGGAGGCGGCCGUCGUGGUUCUGCCGGUCCUCCGGCUUUGGAGGGAGACUGCCGGGGGAGACACCUUUGGUUACCUUUGGGCCCGAGACGUCAGACGUCGAAUCGAGAUUGCUGCAGAUUAUCCUCUUCGCCAUGGACCGCGGCUGAUCGGGUUUAUCGGUUGGCUGGGAGUUGGGAGCUGGGACGAGCUGGCGAGGCGGACGCAGCCGUCCCGUCGCAAGGAGAAGUUGAUCGGAGAGUUCAUGCAGCCAGCCUUCCGCUACAAACUGCGUGAUGCCUUGGAUGGCUCCGAAGGCGAUAUCAUGAAGCAGGCUCAUGCGCGCCGAGACGUGUGCAUGGCUGUGGAGAUCCCACUUCUCGCAAAGUAUGGCUACGAUGCAUCAGAAGAGGGAAUCCAUCAGCACAGUGCAGCCAUGGCUCUACUGCUCAAAGACUGCCCCGACCUAGUAGUAAAGAACAACGAACUUGCGCGCUUG